UGCGCCGCGCGCUGUUUGACGUACCGGCGACCUGCUUUCCGGAAGGGAGCUCCAGCGGCUGAGUAUGGCGACCGUCGCGGAGCAGUGGGUACUGGUGGAGAUGGUACAGGCGCUUUACGAGGCUCCUGCUUACCAUCUUAUUUUGGAAGGAAUUCUCAUUCUCUGGAUAAUCAGACUUCUGUUCUCUAAAACUUACAAAUUACAAGAACGAUCUGACCUUACAGUCAAGGAAAAGGAAGAAUUGAUUGAAGAGUGGCAGCCAGAACCUCUUGUUCCUCCCAUCUCGAAAGACCAUCCUGCUCUCAACUACAACAUUGUUUCAGGCCCUCCCAGCCACAAGAUUGUGGUGAAUGGAAAACAAUGUGUCAACUUUGCCUCAUUUAAUUUUCUGGGAUUGUUGGAUAACCCUCGGGUCAAGGCAGCGGCUCUGGCGUCUCUCAAGAAGUACGGUGUGGGGACCUGCGGCCCUAGAGGAUUCUACGGCACGUUUGAUGUGCACUUGGAUUUGGAAGACCGCCUAGCAAAAUUUAUGAAGACAGAAGAAGCCAUUAUCUACUCAUACGGAUUUGCCACCAUUGCCAGUGCUAUUCCUGCUUACUCUAAGAGAGGGGACAUUGUGUUUGUAGAUAGAGCUGCUUGCUUUGCCAUUCAGAAAGGGCUGCAGGCAUCGCGGAGUGACAUCAAGUUGUUUAAGCACAAUGACAUGGCUGACCUGGAGCGUCUACUAAAAGAACAAGAGAUGGAAGAUCAAAAGAAUCCUCGCAAGGCUCGGGUCACACGACGUUUCAUUGUAGUGGAAGGGCUGUAUAUGAACACUGGAACUCUUUGUCCUCUUCCAGAACUGGUUAAGUUAAAAUACAAAUACAAAGCAAGAAUCUUUCUGGAGGAAAGCCUUUCGUUCGGAGUCCUGGGGGAGCAUGGUCGAGGAGUCACUGAACAUUUCGGAAUCAGUAUUGAUGACAUUGAUCUUAUCAGUGCCAACAUGGAGAAUUCCCUCGCUUCUAUUGGAGGUUUCUGCUGUGGCCGAUCUUUUGUGAUUGACCAUCAGCGACUUUCCGGCCAGGGGUACUGCUUUUCAGCUUCGUUACCCCCCCUGUUGGCUGCCGCUGCGAUCGAGGCUCUCAACAUCAUGGAGGAGAAUCCAGGUAUUUUUUUAGUGUUGAAGGAAAAGUGCGAACGAAUUCAUAAAGCUUUACAAGGCAUCUCUGGGUUAAAAGUGGUGGGGGAGUCCCUUUCUCCAGCAUUUCACCUGCAGCUAACAGACAGCACUGGGUCUCGAGAAAAAGACGUUAAACUACUUCAGGAGAUUGUAAAUCAUUGCAUGGACAGAAGCAUCGCAUUAACCCAGGCACGCUACCUGGAGAAAGAAGAGAAGUGCCUCCCUCCUCCAAGACGAAGAACUGGAGAGAGCCGCGCGCACAAUCAAGGAGGUGGCCCAGGCUGUGCUGCUCUAGGCCGGGUCCUAGGGCCAGGCGGGCAGCCGCCACGCAGCACACACACAGGCCUCUGCGUCACUGCCUUGUGACCUGGGAGAGGCCUGCGGGUACCUGGAGGGGUGGCCACCGGGCGUGGGCAUAGACUUGGCGCCCAACCACGAGGAGGAUGCUGGUUAUUUUUAAAAAGAAAACACAUCUAAAAGCCCAGGAACUGAUUUUUUUUUUAAGAAGAAAACUAGUGACAGCAUAUAACUGGUAUUUAAAUUGUGCUAUUUAGUACUAUUUAAAUGUUUUAUUAUACUAGUAUUUUAUAUUCUUUUUUUGUUGUUUAAAAAUGGAGCUCCAGUUUAUCUUCUCUCCCUCCAAUAGUAAAGAGCGUGCAGGCACUCCUUAACAUUUCCUAGAAUAACGUCUCUGCAGCAUUAGAGCUUGGAGGAACAACACCUCACUGUCUAGGACACAAAACCUAUUCUCAAGGGUCUAAUUCAACCGCAUCUUUUCAGCCUUCGUCCUGUGCAGCUCAGUGGUGGCUAGUAUAUAAGGAAACACUUUUUGUGCGAUUAUGAUAAACUUUUCAUUGUAAUAUAUUUGAAUCCUAGAAUUUUUAUACACACUAAAUAUUGAUGUUACACCAUUUCUAAUAGCUAAUCUUAACAUACCUAACCGGAGAAUGAGUACUCAUUAUAUUUCCCAAGUGAUCAAUAAUUUAAAUCAAAUACUACUUUAUUUUAAUAUAAUUGACCUUCACAUUUAUUAUGUGUUGAUUUCUGAUCUGUUUUAGGAAGAGGGUUACUGUGAUGUUCCUAGACUAGAAAUCAUGUCCUUGAUAUUUUAGAAUAUCUUGAAUGUAUUCCUUUUUUGUGGAGUGGUUUGCCUAAGGAUAUAUAACUAGAGUCUUUUUAUAAGCUAAGGAAAAUUACUUUUCCUUUUAGCUAUGGAUUUCAAAUAUCUAAGAAUGUGAAUGCACUAAAAAUAAAGUUUUUAAGCUGUACUUUAGCUAUCUUUUUUUUCUUUAGCAAACCAGGUUCGGUGGUGUAAAUGUUUGCGCUGGGUACCACAAGGUAGUGCGUAAACAUUACACCAUUGUUUCUUGUCUGAGUAAAGGUAGAGGAAUAAAAUUGUUUAAAAAAUGUAUAAGAGUGCCAUUUUUAUAGUCUAUGUUCCUAUUAGCGAAUGGUCUUCAACGUCUUUUUAAAUAACAUAUUUUUUAACAUUCAGUUUCUGUUUUGCUUGAGGCACUUCAUACAUCCGUGCCUUGUGAUUGCUGCUGCAAAGUACUCUCUUUGGGGGUGAAUCUUUCUGCUUUAUUUUUUAAUGAAAUAAACCUACAUUCUUGAUAAUCA